AGGGCCAGCAAGGAGACAGGUGAGGCCAGGGUGGAGCCAGCAAUUUGCGGCCUCGGGUUGGGAGAUGGGAGGAGACAGGCGGACAGACAAACCUCCGCUCCUGCCAUUUUGCUACGCGUCCCCCACCCCACCCAGACCCAGGAGAAGCCUAGUAGAAGGCCGGAGCGGAGAGCGAGGGGAAGAAGAAAGCCGAGCAACCAAUCCAUCCCAAACCCCCAUUCGAUUCCUCCAUCCAACCCUACCAAGCUCCCGCACACAAUGCCGGCCACCGAUUCCUCCUCCUCCCCGGCCACGCCGCUCGCCUCCAUCGGCCGCUCCAUCCGCUCCCUCCGCCGCGAUCACAACCAGAUCCACUCCUUCCCCACCCCGCACCCGCACUCCGACCUCGACGCCGCCGAUGCCUUCCAGCGCCGCGCCGCCAAACUCCUCAGCGACCUCCUCGCCCCCGAUGGCGACCUCCUCUCCCUCGCCUGGACGACCCGCCUCCUCGACGCCUUCCUCCUCUGCCUCGUGGAGUUCCGCGCCCUCCUCUUCGGCCCCGGGGCCGACGCCGCCUCCCGCCCCCCGCUCGACCGCCUCGUCGCCGACUUCUUCGACCGCGCCGUCAAGGCGCUCGACCUCUGCAACGCCGUCCGCGACGGCCUCGACCUCGUUCGCCAGUGGCGCAAGCACCUCGCCAUCGCAGCCGCCGUCCUCUCGGCCUCGACCGACCCGACCGCGCCGCUCGGGGAGGCCCAGAUCCGCCGCGCGCGCAAGGCGCUCACCGACCUCACCAUCCUCAUGCUCGACGACAGGGACGGCGGCGGGGGAGUCGUCGGCCAGCGCAACCGCUCCUUCGGGCGCGCCAGCAAGGACGCCCGGCCCCACGGCCACGGCCAGGGACACCACCGCCGGAGCAGCAGCGGCGGGAGCUCUGGCUCCGGCUCCGGCUCCCAUCUAAGGUCCUUGUCCUGGAGCGUGUCCCGGGCCUGGUCCGCGGCACGACAGCUGCAGGCGAUCGGCGGAGGACUACCCGUGCCCCGCCCGCAGGACAUCACCGCCACGGGGGGCCUUGCCUCGGCAGUCUACACCAUGGGCGCCGUGCUCUUUAUCGUGUCCUUUGCGCUUGUGGCCGCGAUCCCCUGCCAGGACCGCGGCCUCCAGGCGCAUUUCUCCGUGCCCAGGAACUUCCCCUGGUCUGACCCCGCCACCACACUCUACGACCGCAUCGUCGAGGAGUCCAAGAAGAAGGACCGCAAGAACUCGUGCGGCCUGCUCAAGGAGAUCCACCAGAUCGAGCUCUGCUCCAGGCACCUCAUGCACGUCACUGACACCGCCGAGUUCCCAUUGCCCAAGGACAAGGAUGCUUAUGCGCAGGAGGCCGCGCAGGAGCUAGUGCAGGUGUGCCAAUCGCUCAAGGACGGCCUCGACCCUCUUGAGCGGCAGGUCAGGGAGAUGUUCCACCUGAUUGUGCGCACCCGCACAGAAAUCCUUGACUGCUUGAGUAGGCCGCAUGGCGCAGAGUGAUGUGAUGAUAUGAGAUGAGAUAGGGAGGCGAAGUGGGAAUGCUUGUUGUGACGCCGCUUGAUUCAACAUCGUGUGAAAUGUCGCGGCUUCACUGAUCGAAAUGAGGUAGAUUUUCUCUGCAUGUGUUAGCAAUACCAUGAUGAUAUAUACAUGUGUCUGCACAGAGGCAUGGCCUUUGGAUAAAUUGGUUUCUUUAUUUUUUUAUUUGUUUUUUACCUUUGUAGAUUGUGAAUCCUUACUUGGCAGUGCUUCGUAGUAAUGGUCUAAUACUGUUUGUUCCAUUCUUUUCAUCUUGCCUGAAUUGGUAAUGUGAGUCGCUUCAGGGAUUGGUUUACGUUCAUGGUUAGUAUAUAUGUGGAACACUGGAACAGGCUUAUGGUCCUAUUGAUCACUCUACAAUUACUUC